AUGAUCGGACUGAGGGGAGAGUGUAGAGAAGGAGAGACGGCCUUGGUGCUCUGUGGGUGCUCUGAGUGCUCUGUGGGUGCUCUGUGGGUGCUCUGUGGAUGCUCUGUGGGUGCUCUGUGGGAGCUCUCUGGGGGGUUCUGUGGGUGCUCUGUGGAUACUCUGUGGGUGCUCUGUGAGUGCUCUCUGGGGGUUCUGUGGGUGCUCUGUGAGUGCUCUGUGGGAGCUCUCUGGGGGUUCUGUGGGUGCUCUCUGGGGGGUUCUGUGGGUGCUCUGUGGGUGCUCUCUGGGGGGUUCUGUGGGUGCUCUGUGAGUGCUCUGUGGGAGCUCUCUGGGGGGUUCUGUGGGUGCUCUCUGGGAGUCCAGGCUAUGUAUUGUUGA